CCCGAAGAUGGGGGAUGGGGUUGGGAACGCGCCGAUGAACUCCGCCUGGGAAAGUUGCCUCGACACCUGUAGGAGAGUAGUUUCACCACAAAAACGAGGAAAUUGAAAACUUCUAUUUACAUAAAAUGAAGAAAAUGCGCUGAUGAAGCGUUGCUUCGACAAAUGUUGCAUGGUUUUAUCAAAUUAAUUGUUUGUAUCGAUUGACUAAAGGUUGGCCGUCUUUUAGGAGCUUCCGCGUUGGAAUGGCGAAGAACAAAAUAGGAAAUAUUAUCUUGCUUGCGCUUCUGCUUGGUUUCCUGCCAACAGAGGUGUUUUCUAUCCAGGUGAUUGUUCCUCAGACAGAGAGGAGUACGGCUCUCUUUGCCUCGGUCAUCAUACGCUGUGACUACUCCACCUCCGCCAAUGCACAGGAAGUCCUGGUCACCUGGCGCUACAAGUCCUUCUGCAAGGACCCCGUGCUGGAAUUCUACUCAACAGCCUAUCAGGCUGCUCUGCAGCUGGGCCAGGAUCCAGCCAAUGACUGUCCAGACCGCCAGCGCACCAUUCGCACAGUCAUCCAGAAGAAGGGAACCAAUGAGGCCACCCUGGGCUCUGAGUAUCGGGAGCGCAAGAUAUCCAUCCAAAACAAGGCCGACCUGGUUAUGAAUGAGGUGAUGUGGUGGGAUAACGGUGUGUACUUCUGCUCCAUCGAUGCACCGGGAGACACUUCCGGAGACUCAGACCGCGAGGUCAAACUCAUUGUUUACCAUUGGCUGACGGUGCUGUUCAUCAUCAUCGGGGCUCUGCUGCUCAUCAUGCUGUUCUGUAUCUGCUGUUGUCAAUGCUGCCCCCAGAAGUGCUGCUGCUACAUCCGCUGUCCCUGCUGCCCACAGACCUGCUGCUGCCCUGAGAAAGUGGUGAUGCAGCACAGGAUGAUACGAGAGGCCCAGAAGGCCAUGGCCCCCUGGAUGCACGGCCAGCCUAUCUACGCCCCCAUCAGCAACCACUCCUCCCAGGGCAACCCAGUGAUGUACUCAGGCUCGUUCUCCGAUGGGUACCCUACCAAGCCCAACUUUGCCAUGGCCCCGAUGGGCCCCUCGCCCCUCCAGCUGCAGCCUCCCCCUAUCCCCCAACACCACAUGCCUCAACACCAAUAUGGUAUUCACCACGGUAACGGCAGCAUGCACGGCGGGAGCGCGCACGACACCAACCAGAUGCUGGACUUUCUGGAAAGCCAGAUGAGGGGGGUUCACAGCCAGAUGCCCCCUCCCCCUCAUCAGCACUUGUCUCCCCACGCCCACCAGUACCAGCCCCAGGGAGGCCACCAGGGGGUCCCCUUCACGGCCGGCCCCCCCAGCAUGCUGUCUGCCCUGGAUGAGAUGGGGAUGAGGGGGGUGGAGAGGAGAGUGAUCACCUUGCCCCCUAUCGUCCAGCGGGUACCCAGUUUCUCCUCUCGCAGGGGGACUGGAGGGGGAGGAGGGACCAGUGGCGCUCCAAGAAUAUCCAGCGGCAGCACCAACCGCACUGGGGGUGGCGGCGGUGGGCGUUACAGUGACAACCGGCGUGACAAACACGACUCCACCCCUCCGCGGCAAGGAAUCCUGCGUAGCUACAGCGACGAGUCAGACUGGGAUGACCGGAGGGGAGUGCCAAAGAGGGAGGGGCAAGGCUCGGCCGGGAGGAGGACUGGGGGGUCUGGGUCGGCGCCACGGUCCCGUAGUCGUGACGACAUGAUGGAGGAGCUGCGUCGGUCAGCCCUUGCCAGGCAAGAUAGGACCCACUCACCUCCUGCCCAUCGACAACGGUCCUGGAGCUCGGAUGAGGAAGACAGCAGGAGGGGAGGGAAAAGGGGAGGCAAGGGGAAGCUGUGGCCAGAGAAACCCCCCAGCUACUCCUCCAUCGAGAUCCAGCACGGCAACAGGAGGAACUACGACCGCUACUCAGAUAAGAGCUCUCGUAGUGGUACCAGUGUGGUGAUCUGAAACCGGUGUCUGCCUGCCUGAAACCUACCUGAAACCUGCCUGUCUCCCUUUUCCUCAGUGUAAACUUAUGGUUUGUGUCUCCACAAAAUGUUUGUUUUUCGGUCUCCACUGUCUGUCUGUCUCCACAAACAGUCUCUGUCUGUCUGCCUUUGGACGAGAAGUGACACCAAAAGGAUUAUUAAGCGUAAUUGAGUCCAGAGACGUGAUAGUCUAGCAUCCCAUUGUCACAUAACUACGGGUCUCUGAGACCACUUCCCAAACGAGCAUCUGCCCAAAAUUCCCAACCAACACGGCUCUGCGUACGCAUCCUAUAUUAAUUUGAAUGUGUUGACAAUUGGAGAAAUUGCUUGAGCCACGCUGAGAAAAGUAUGAAAGCUAAUGUUCCAAUAUUCUAGAUCACGCAUACACGUUUUGGACUCUGAUAGACGCUAUAGAAUGUAUUGUAAUAAGGUGACUCCGGUGCCUUUAUACCUGUACAGGCGUAGAGGUUAAACACUACUUAUGUAAUAUUGUGCUAUACUUUAUAUAGAAUGGGAUUGAAGGGCAAGGUGUAUAUGGGGGGAGGGCUAGAAUACCGGAAUCUUAAGGCACAUAUUUUACCUGUUGAAAUCCAUGUGAUUUUUAAAAUUAUUUUAGAAUCCUUUUAUUUUUUUAUAUUUUUUUUUACACAUUUACCUAUGAGACAAUGUAAAACACAGCACUAUCACGUCAAUAGUAAGAAAUAUAAUUCAUUUUUUAAAUUGUACAUUUCAUCAAAUGUGUAUCUGUUUUCUUAUUUUAAAUAGUUGUAUACAAUGUUUUGUUGUAGAUUGUGUAGUGUGUGACUGUUUCUGGUUCAGUUUUCCUCAAGUGCCUCUGUCUGUUUAUAGUUGUAUGUUGUUGUUUUUUUUAGUCGGUGGUGGGAUAAAUUAUUCCGUUGGUCUUGUACUGGGGAUUUUGUACUUGGGAUUUAAAUGAAGUCAAGUGUAACCAUCA